AUGCCCGUGUGUACGGAUUGUGGGGGGACCGUGAUCGAAUACGACGCCGCAGCCGGAAACGGCUUCUGCAUCAAAUGCGGCACAGUUGUCGAGGAGAACACGAUUGUCAAUGAAGUCAGCUUUGGCGAGACGUCUUCUGGCGCCGCCAUGGUACAGGGAUCGUUCGUAGGCCAAGGAGCGACCCACGCGAGAUUGACCGGACCAUACGGAAAUAGGAGCAGCACCGAGUCCAGAGAACAGACGAUCGCUAAUGCCAGCAGGAAAAUACAGAGCAUCGCCAAUGUUCUGCACCUCUCGGACGUUGUAUGUCUAGCCGCAACACGCUUAUACACGCUAGCUGUCGAACAUAAGUUCACCAAAGGCCGGAAAAGCCUCAACGUCGUCGCCGUCUGCCUGUACGUCGCAUGCAGACAAAAGGAGACGCGCAACUACAUGCUGAUCGAUUUCUCGGACCUCCUACAAGUGAAUGUAUUCGAGCUGGGGCACACGUAUCUACAGCUCGUGCAGACGCUCAACCUCCGGCUCCCGCUCGUCGACCCGUCGCACUACAUUUCGCGCUUCGCCGCGCUCCUCGAGUUCGGGGACGAAACACACCGCGUCGCGGCUGAUGCCAUACGACUCGUGCAGCGGUUCGACCGCGACUGGAUGACGCGCGGACGGCGCCCAGCAGGGAUCUGCGGGGCGGCGCUCCUGCUCGCAGCGCGGAUGAACAACUUCCGGCGGUCGAUCGAGGAGAUCGUGCAGGUGGUGAAGAUCGCGGACACGACGCUGAAGAAGCGGCUGGACGAGUUCAAGAGGACGCCGAGCGGGGCGCUGACGCUGGCGGAUUUCCGGAAUGUGUGGCUCGACGAGGAGAUGGACCCACCCGCGUUCACGAAGGCGAAGGAGCUUGAGGAGGCGAUGCGGUUGGCGGAGCUGGAGGAACAGGCCCAGGCGGACGGGGAGGGGGACAGUGGGGCUGCAGAGUCGAUAACCAAAGGGAAAGGCAAGAAACGAAAAAGAAAACGGAAAAGAGUAGACGAGGAGGACGAGGAGGACGCUGAUGUUAAUGCAGGGAAUGCAACGGACGCUUCCUUGGGACGAGUCCCAAUCGAUCCUUCACUCCUUGACGAAAGCAUACUUGCCGGCAUUAUUGAUGCAGCCACCGGAGCUGAAUUGACAUCUUCGACCUCUUACAUCAACAUCGAUCCUUCCCUUCGACCUCUUUCCCCAGAUAAUAUUCCUCAGUCUCUCCCGCUACAUCCAACGGAGCCUUCUCUGGCUGAUGAAACGCUAGCAUUUUCAACUGAAGGCACGGCCGCAAGCUCGACCAUUGCUCCCAACGAACCUUCUCAAGACCCGAGUUCUCCUCCAGCAGAGAAGACUCCCCUGUUUCUCCCCCUCGACCUACCCGACGUCGACGAAGUAGUCAAUGCCGCACUCGCCGAGGAGGUAUCCUCUAUCCUCGCGAAUCCACAGAGCAGCAGCCUCACCGAGGCCUUGGAAGAGCGGGAAGAGCGGCGCCUUGCGCAAGCCGCAGUCGUCGACGAGCUGCUUGGCCUCGAUGAAUCUGAGCUCGACGACUUCAUCUUGACGCCGGACGAGGUGCGGAUCAAAGAACGCGUGUGGGUGGAGCUGAACAGGGAUUACUUGGAGGCGCUCGCUGCGAAAGGCGAGCAACUUGAAUCAGGAGGUACAAGCAAGAGUCGCAAGCGCCGGAAAACCAACAAGCCCCGCGACGCAUCUACAGCGCAUGGGGCCACGGCAGCAGAGUCGGUUCGGAAUCUCAUCAAGAAAAACCCCAGGUACAGCCGGCGUAUUAAUUACGAUGCGUUGAAGGAUCUGUUUGGUGAUGCUGGAGGGCCUGGGCUACCUCUUGGAGAUGAUAAGGACGACGGGGAGGAGUUGUACCAGAUGGGAGACGACAAGAGUGAGGAUGGUGGUGAGAGGCCGGUGAUGGUUAUCGAGGAGGCGGGCAGUGUUGCCGCAGCACGCCCGGCUGAAGAAGUUAGGCAUGGAGUUCAUGGGAACAACGAAGAGGGCGACGGUAGCGAUAAAAGCGACGACGAGGCGGGGCCGAUGCACUGGGAAGAUGUGUACGAACAGGAAGUAUGA